CAUUUUGUAAAGUUGAGCUAUAGACGUUCAAACAUCAAAAACACGAAAAAAUCUUGAAAUCGCAAAAACCAGCAUAAUAAACGGAGAAAAACAAAAAUGCCAUAGGACAUUUAUUGUUAGAAAUUCGUUGUAGAAUCUACACCCCGCCUGUGCUACGACCUUAAGGUCAUAUUACUGGUUCAAUUCGCUGGAACAUCCACGAGUUGAACUUACUCUGGCAAAUUUUCGAAGAUGAUUUUAUAUAAGUGUUAUAGAUGAAUAGACGAGUGACAGAUAAGCAGCGGACACGUGAUGUUUUUGAGCAAAUUCUGUUUAAAUAAGAGCAGGAGCUUUUAUACCCUUCAUUUCAAAUGCGCGGUUCAGAUAAGAUCUAGUCUCGAUCGCGAAGUACCAGAAUACUCGCGAUUUUAUAAAGAAAACAUAGAUUUACUUUUUAUUGUUUUAUCGAAUUCCUCAGAAAUCAAGAUGAGAAAUAUCUUGUUGAUAAUCUGCUUUGUUUUCAUCUCUUGCACAUACUCCUUGCCAUCUUAUAACAGAGGAGGAGUACCAGAACGAUCAGAUCAAGUAAGACUAGGGUUGUCAAAUACAGCAAGAAGGGAAAAAUUUGAUAGAAAAACUGCAGUAAGCUGGGGAGCAAGUGGAAUGCCCUUCAGCGUUCUGUACAUGAGACGAAGACAUUCACCGAAAAAAAUUCAAACCACCACAUUGAAACCAAUCAAACAGGAAAGGAGAAGAUCGAACUCGAAAAAGACCAGAUUCAACUGGAGAAUACCGUACUCCGUAAUUCCAAGAGUAUUUUCUCAAAUAUGGAGGAUGAAAGUUAGAAAAUAAUUGAAUUUUUGAAAAAUUUGAACUGGAAGAGAACAAAAGACUUGUUAUUCAAAUUUGGAAAACAAAAUGGAUUCAAUGUGAAUUAUAUGGCAAACAUUUUUUUUUUGGCAAUGAUUAUGGAGCUGAAUUAUAUACUUUACCUUCUGAAAUAUCAAUCAUAUCGAAAAAUUUAGAGGUUAAUUCUCAGCUAAGACUGAUUUAUAUUCUGAAAGAUCUCUAUACCAAAAUUUUACGGAGAAAUUGAUAAUUCAGUAUUUUGGCUUUAGGUUUCAGAAUAAUUUAAUUGACCGAUAAAGUCGUUGAUUUGCUUUCAAAAUGUAUGGUGGAAAAUGAAGUGAAUUAAUCAUGAUAUUCGUCACAAUAAAAGUUUUCUGAAAAAUUCAGACAAACAGAAAGUGAACCCAUUUAAAAACAAAAUGAUAAUGGAUCUAAAAUAUCCAAAUUGGAUCUGAUCAAAUCACUAAUUUAUGUAUUAUUGUAAUGUAUUAUUUGUUUGGAGAAAUAAAUUUAUAAGUAUUG